AUGAACAUUAAAAAUGCAUUUGUGUCAGGGCCGGCAGAUGGGGGCCCAACAUGGGCAAGAAGGGCUCUGCUGCUGGGCCUCGUCUGGGCCAAUGCACACCUGCCUCUCCCAGGAGCCUCCCUGCCCCAGCGUCUCCCGAGGGCCACAGGAAACAGCACUCAGUGUGCUACUUCUCCGUCCUCGGAAUUUCCUGAAGGGUUUUUCACAAAGCAAGAGCGCAGGGAUGGAGGCAUCGUAAUCUACUUCCUGAUUAUCCUUUACAUGUUCAUGGCUGUGUCCAUUGUCUGUGACGAGUACUUCCUACCCUCCCUGGAAAUCAUCAGUGAAACUCUCGGACUGUCGCAGGACGUCGCAGGUGCAACUUUCAUGGCAGCAGGUAGUUCAGCUCCUGAGUUAGUUACUGCUUUCCUAGGAGUAUUUAUGACAAAGGGAGAUAUUGGCAUUAGCACUAUUCUUGGAUCUGCAAUUUAUAAUCUCCUUGGCAUCUGUGCAGCCUGUGGUUUGCUUUCUAAUGUGGUUUCAACGCUGUCAUGUUGGCCCCUAUUCAGAGACUGUGCAGCAUAUGCAAUUAGUGUAGCAGCAGUUCUUGGCAUAAUAUUUGACAACCAAGUUUACUGGUAUGAAGGAACUUUACUACUUUUGAUAUAUGGAUUAUAUGUUCUGGUGCUGUGUUUUGACAUCAAAAUUAACCAGUACAUGAUAAAGAAAUUCAGUCCUUGCUGCACCUGUCUUGCUAAAGCUAUGGAGGAGAGAAGUGAACAACAGCCAUUGAUAGGAUGGGAAGACGAGGGUCAACCGUUCAUCCGGCGGCAAUCAAGAACGGACAGUGGAAUAUUUCAUGACGAUUCUGGCUACUCCCAGCUUUCUAUAAGCUUCCAUGGUCUUAGUCAGGUUUCUGAAGAUCCACCAAGUGUUUUCAACAUGCCUGAAGCAGAUUUAAAAAGAAUUUUUUGGGUGUUAUCCCUUCCUAUUAUUACAUUACUUUUUCUAACCACACCAGACUGUAGAAGAAAGUUUUGGAAAAACUACUUUGUGGUAACCUUCUUCAUGUCUGCAUUCUGGAUAUCUGCAUUUACAUAUAUCCUGGUUUGGAUGGUCACAAUAACUGGGGAAACACUAGACAUUCCAGAUACAGUAAUGGGCCUUACUUUAUUAGCAGUAGGAACAAGCAUACCAGACACAAUCGCAAGUGUGUUAGUUGCAAGAAAAGGUAAAGGAGAUAUGGCUAUGUCUAACAUCGUGGGAUCUAAUGUGUUUGAUAUGCUAUGUCUAGGUGUUCCUUGGUUUAUUAAAACUGCAUUUAUAAAUGCCUCAGGUCCUGUAGAAGUGAACAGUAGAGGAUUAACUUUCAUAACUAUCUCUCUCAACAUUUCGAUUAUUUUUCUCUUUUUAGCAGUUCACCUCAAUGGCUGGAAACUAGACAGAAAGUUGGGAGUAGUCUGCCUCUUUUUAUACUUGGUACUUGCUACGUUAUCAAUCCUAUAUGAACUUGGAAUUAUUGGAAAUAAUAAAAUAAGGGGCUGUGGAGGCUGAUAUUAUUAAUAAUAUUAUGUGAAAAAUGUGAAUGUUAGGAAAGGGUAGAGAAGAAAACAAUCUAUUUCUUCAUGUAAGUCAAAUAAAAAAACACCCUGAACUUCA